UUCACCUCGCCCGUCGCCCUAGCAGCCAAGCAUUUAAGAGCCUGACCAAAGUUCGUGAGUCGUGAAUGAAAGUUUUAAUGAAUGCUAUGUUCUCUUUUACGAGACAUAGAUCUACACAUGACAAUUACGACAAUCAAUAGUUCCUAAGCCUCAACCUUUCGCUUUUCUAGUCGAACAAUGUUUCUUGUCGGUCUUACAGGCGGAAUAGCCAGCGGUAAAAGCACUGUAGCGAAAGAGUUUCAAGCUUUAGGGUGCCCCUGUGUCGACGCCGACUUGAUCGCAAGACAAGUUGUUGAACCGGGAGAACCAGCUUAUGAAAAAAUAAAAGGAACAUUUGGUCCUACUGUUUUUCAUGAAAAUGGACUGCUCAACCGAGAAAAACUCGGCCAAAUCAUAUUCCAUGAUGCUUCAAAGAGGCAGCAGCUCAAUGCUAUUGUACAUCCAGCAAUUAAAAAAAGGAUGCUGAGGGAAGUUCUGCAAUAUCUUUUAAAAGGAUAUCAAUUCGUCAUAUGUGACAUUCCUCUCCUGUUUGAGACAAAGCAGAUGCUCCCUUUUGUCUCAUACACUGUUGUAGUUUACUGUGACGAAGAUAAACAACUAAGCCGACUGAUGCAGAGAAAUGGUUUGUCUGAAGAGGAUGCUCAAGCAAGAAUGAAGUCACAGUUACCAUUGUCAGAGAAAUGUCUUCUUUGCUCAUAUGUUAUUGACAACAAUGGGGAUUUAGAAGGUACUAAACAACAUGUGAAAGAAGUGUUUAAAAAAAUGAAGUCUUCGAGGAAACAUUUGGUACUUCGGUUUGGAAUACUUGCUUUUGCUGUGUGUAUGUUUGGAGGACUUUACUUUGCUUUGAGGUGAGGAUAUUUUUGGAUAGAUUGACUUGUCCAUGAAUGCCUGCUCUGUUUAUUUAUUCAGUUUGAGAAUGUAUAUUGAUCGGACUUGUGUGAAUGGGUCUGGAUUAAGCAAGUAGACAGGGGGUCUAGAAAAAUGGAUAGCGUUUUCUUCGGUUUUUCACUCUCUUUGGACAGAGAAUUCAGAAGCCUCAUAACAACUAUGCAACUAUGACAACAGAUAGGAAAUUUAGUAUUAUUUAUGUAAAUUAGGCAUAGAAUAUGAGAUUGACUAUAAAAAAAGAAAGUCAUCAUUGCCUUUCUGACCCAGGACUAGGGUGUAAAUCACUGGCAAAUGCUUUCCACUUUUCCUAAAUUUUGACUACUUUCUUGACAUUAUUCCUUGUCUUUCUACUUUUCUGUACAUCAUUCUCUUCGAUUCUUCUUCAGGCUAUUCAGAAGCCUCAUAACAACUAUGCAACUAUGACAACAGAUAGGAAAUUUAGUAUUAUUUGUGUAAAUUAGGCAUAGAAUAUGAGAUUGACUAUAAAAAAAGAAAGUCAUCAUUGUCUUUCUGAUCCAGGACUACGGUGUAGGUUACUGGCAAAUGCUUUCCACUUUUCCUAAACUUUGACUACUUUCUUGACAUUAUUCCUUGUCUUUCUACUUUUCUGUACAUCAUUCUCUUCGAUUCUUCUUCAGGCUCCACAUUUCGACAUUGUCUCCCCUUUGAUCUCUUACCCUAUGGAUUCCAAUCCAACACUGCCUUUGAUAUGUAGUUGCCUGGCUUCCUGGGAGGUAGCCUAUGUCCAAUCUAUAAUGACUACCUUGUUACCACUUUGUUUCUGACUGGGCUAUCUUGUUCUCCUUAGUACUUCCUCGUGGGUGACUCUGCUUGUCCUUCUGAUCCUUAACAACUUUCUCAGAAUCUUCUUAAGAAAACCUGGAUCCCCUUUAUGCAAGUCUAAGAUGCAUUCCCUUUCUCACGUCCAUACAACAAAACAAAAGAAAGUGGAACAAUGAGAAAUAUUUUCCAAGGUUUGCAAAAAAAAAAGUGCCUCUUUAUCAUACAGGAAAA